ACCACUUAAUACCCUAACAUUCCAAACGACGUUCAUCUUCAGCUUUGACUUAGUGUUGACUUGAAACUUCUUCUUCUUCUUUCGCUUAUCACCUUGCUUCUUCUUCUGCUUGUCUUGUUUUUCUUCUUCUUUUCGUUGACUUUUAUUCUGUCAUUUGCAGGUUUUACUCAAGGAAUCACUUCUCAACAAUCUGAAAGUUCUUUCUUAUUCUCGAAGUGAAAAAAGAAAAAAAAAAAAAGAGAGCAAGGAUGAGCGAGAUGAUUGGGGGAGCUGUGGUCGCUGAGGGUCUGAAACAGUUGAUUGCAGAGGCAAAGAAGUUCAAAAAUUUCAAACCCUUGUCCAAGGAACUCAUAUCGACCAUGGAGGAAUUGGUCCCGUUAACCGAAACGAUCAAUUGUUUGCAAAACCAGCAGAACCUUGAUGCUGGGGAACUAAAGGGGCUGAUGGAAAGGAUCGAGAAAGCGAAGAUUGUGGUUCGUAAAUGUCAAGACGUCCCGUUCUUGAAGAGAUCUUUGGCCACAAGAGAAAUCGAGCAAGUCAAUAAGGAUAUGCUUAAUUAUUGUCAGAUUGUUAUACAGCUUAUUCAGUCAAAGAACCAGUUGCAGUCUAUGGAGGCCAAUAACAACAAUUUCCAAACCGUCUUUAAGAAGCUCGACCAAUUGAGUGCUCCUGCGCCCGCUUUUAGGCAGCUUUGUUCCGUUCCAGAGCUUAAAACGGCUCCAGUUGGAUUUGCUUUGCCGUUGAUGAUGCUCAAGAAGAAGCUACUUGAUGCUGCCGUGGUCAGACUUGUGGUGUCCGCUCCUGCCGGGUGCGGCAAGACCACGCUAGUUAGGCACCUUUGUCACGACCAAGAUAUCAAAAGGAAGUUCCAACAUAUUUUCUACAGCGUUGUGUCAAGUACUCCUAACUUUAGGAAGAUAGUACAGCGUUUACUCGAGCACAACGGUCACCAAGCACCCACAUUUGAUAACGAUACCCAAGCAGCUAAUGUCUUAAAAACACUGCUAGAGGAACUUGAUGGGAAUGAUCAGAUAUUGUUGGUGUUGGAUGAUGUUUGGUCGGCUGGAGCGCCGUCUUUUCUUGAGAAUUUUCCCACUGACAUACCCAAUCUCAAGAUCUUGCUGACUUCUCGGUUUAACUCGCUUGAUUUCGGUGACACUUUUAAAUUGGAACCUUUGAAAAAGGAACAUGCCAAGACCCUUCUCAUUCAAUAUGCAUCGCGUCCUGAUCACGCAUCUGAUGCCGAGUAUGAACGUCUUUUCCAGAAGAUAUUGGAACGAUGCGCGGGAUUCCCACUCUUGAUCAAAGUAAUAGGCGGUUCGCUUAGAAAACAAUCUCUAAAUCAAUGGCAAGGCCAAGUCAUAGAAUGGUCUGGAGGAGGCUCGGUUCUUAAUAGUCGUGAAGUGAUAGAACGUCUGAAGCCUAGUUUCGAUGCUCUAGACUCCAAUCUCAAACAGUGUUUCUUGGACAUGGGUUUGUUUCUUGAGGACCAAGUAAUCCGUGCCUGGAUGAUAACAGACAUAUGGGCCGAGUUAUAUGGUGGUAACGGUAAGACGGAGAAAGAUAAAAUCAUCGUAUCUGUGAAAUACCUUGAAGACCUUGCCUCCCAUAAUCUUCUUGAUCUUGUUCCUCUCGGGAAAAAGGAGCACGAAGACGGUUUCUACAAUGACUUCUUAGUCACUCAACAUGAUAUCCUCAGGGAGUUGGCUAUCAAUCAAAACAAAUCAGAAGCAAUACUGGAGCUGAAGAGGAAAAGACUGACUCUGGAGAUAAGAGAUAAUAGAUUUCCAGACUGGUGUUUGAAUUCAAUACACCCUGUUGUUGUUAAUGCCUCUCUGCUGUCUAUCUUUACAGAUAAUGAAUUCUCAUCUCCAUGGUUUGAGAUGGACUGCCCCAAUGUUGAGGCUUUAGUUCUUAAUAUCUCUUCAUCAAACUAUGCAUUACCUAGCUUCAUUGCUACAAUGAAGAAACUCAAGGUUGUGAUUAUCAUAAAUCACGGUCCUGGUCCUGCCACAUUGACCAACUUGUCGUGUCUCAGCUCCUUACCGAAACUGAAAAGGAUCAGACUGGAGAAAGUUGCAAUCACUUUUCUGGACAUUCUCCAGUUGCAGCUCGUCAGUCUGAAGAAGAUGUUUUUUGUUAUGUGUAGCUUUGGUGAGGUUUCUAAUGACAAAAAUGAAAUAGACGUCUCCAAAGCUCUAUCGAGCUUACAAGAGAUUGACAUAGACUAUUGUUAUGAUCUCGAGAAGUUGCCUAACUGGAUCUCUGAAGCUGUUUCAUUGCAGUCACUUAGCAUCACAAACUGUCAUAAACUCUCUACACUUCCUGAAGCUAUAGGCAACUUGAGUAAGUUGGAAUUGCUGAGGUUGUCUUCUUGUAUUAAUCUCACCGAGCUGCCUGAAACUAUUGUUAGACUCAGCAACUUGCAGUUUCUGGAUAUUUCUGAUUGCUUAGGAUUGAGAAAGUUGCCUGUAGAGAUUGGGAGACUGAAGAAGCUGAAGAAGAUCUCCAUGAACAAGUGUUGGAAAUGUGAACUGCCGGAUUCAGUGAAGAAUCUAGAGAAUCUGGAGGUGAAAUGCGAUGAAGAAACUGCGGUGGUCUUGUGGAAAGGUUUAGAGCAAAAAAUGAUAAAUUUGAAAGUUCAAGUGGAGGAAAGAGAGCACAACCUGAACUUGCUUCGACUGUUGUAAGUUACUGAAAGAAUAUUUUCACUAACUUUUGCGUGUGUUGUAAUGUAGUUUUUAUUCGUCUCAUCAUCCAAAUGCUUCUGUUUUUAUUCAUAUUUGAUUUUGAGUUUUCAUCAACGUAGAUCUACUUUGACACUACAGUUUAGUUUCAAUAUUUUCAACUGCUAAAGUGGCAGAAGAGAAAACAGGGCAUGACCUCCACUUGUUUCAGGUGUUGUAAUGUGAUUUUGUAUUGUGUGUA